AUGUUUUCUAGUUUUCCUUGCUUCGUUUCCGCACAUCUUUUUUCUCACUUCUUUUUCGACCCCUCUUUUCCUCACUUCCUUUUCUACUUUCUUUUCUUCACUUCAUUUUUCACACUUCUUUUUCUUCUUUUUCUCAAUUCUUUUUCCUCACUUCUUUCUUUUCUUCAUUUCAUUUUUCACACUUUUCUUCUUUUUCUCAUUUCUUUUUCCUCACUUCUUUCUUUUCUUCAUUUCAUUUUUCACACUUCUUUUUCUUCUUUUUCUCAUUUCUUUUUCCUCACUUCUUUCUUUUCUUCAUUUCAUUUUUCACACUUUUUUUCUUCUUUUCUCAUUUCUUUUUCCUCACUUCUUUCUUUCUUCAUUUCAUUUUUUCACUUCUUUUUCUUCUUUUUUCUCAUUUCUUUUUUUCACUUCUUUCUUAUCCUCAUUUCAUUUUCACACUUCUUUUUUCUUUUUUUUCUCAUUUCUUUUUCUUCACUUCUUUCUUUUUCUUCAUUUCAUUUUUCACACUUCUUUUCUUCUUUUUUCUCAUUUCUUUUCCUCACUUCUUUCUUUUCUUCAUUUCAUUUUUCACACUUCUUUUUUCUUCUUUUUUUCGUUCUUUUUUUUCACUUCUUUCUUUUCUUCAUUUCAUUUUUUCACACUUCUUUUCUUCUUUUCUCGUUCUUUUUCCUCACUUCUUUCUUUUCUUCAUUUCAUUUUUCUUUCUUUUUUUUUCUUUUUUCAUUUUUUCCUCACUUCUUUUUCUUUUCUUCAUUUCAUUUUUCACACUUCUUUUUUUCUCAUUUCUUUUCCUCACUUCUUUCUUUUUCUUCAUUUCAUUUUUCACACUUUUUCUUUUUUCUCAUUUCUUUUCCUCCUCACUUCUUUCUUUUCUUCAUUUCAUUUUUUCACACUUCUUUUUUUCUUCUUUUCUCAUUUUUUUUCCUCACUUCUUUCUUUUCUUCAUUUCAUUUUUAA